AUGGCUCCUACAAUCAAAUCAGAGCUUGGGUUUCUAUUGCCAUGUGGAACGCGCGUAAUUCAUGGCGCAGGUUCAAUUGUCAAGCAGGCAUUUCCUCCCGAAUCGAACUUGCCCGGAACAAUGGAGCUUUAUAGCGUGGGAAGUGCCAAUGACCCUUGCUGUCCUGUCUAUCGUGGACCAGCCGGCUGUCUCCAAUUCAAUACAACUUGUCGAAUGCCUAGACAUGUUCACAUAGCAACUGUCCCAGGCACCACAGAGCAACAAACAGGCGAUGAAAACCCCAAAAUGCAAUUUGUGACCGAGAAGAUUUUCAUUGCCAGUGGAGUUGCAGUGGCCGAGCUGGCAGGACAAUAUUACGUCUUUCCACCGAAAGCGAUGGUUAUUAUCGCCCCCGGUGUGCCCCACGCUUGGGUAGCUGCCCCAAAAGGCUUAGAUUUGGAGGCUCUUGGCGUGGCUCCACCCAAACCCAUUGAUAUUGAAGAAGAUCCGCUUGUUUCCCUUGAGGAACCUUCGACAGUUUCUGAUGGAAAAUUUCUUGCGGUUUACGAAUACGACCUACCUACUGGAUUCUACCCCACGGCGCAAACAGAACGAUUGGAAACAUCCGAAGAUUAUACCGCUUGCGCCGAUUUGCAUGAUAUUCGUAUCCCGGUAAUGGAUGUCGAUCAAUUGAUUCAGCAGGCGAGCUUUGUAUGGGGUACGACAUACAAGAAGCUCUAG